UAAGAGAUUGGAAGUGAUAGGAAAAAUCAUAAAAAAAAACCAGAUAAUUUUGCUUCUUCACCGCUAGGGAUAUUUUUUAACGCCGUUCUCGUCACCUCAUUCGCAGAUUCCGCAGACUGAGAAACAUGCCUAACAAGCGGACGCUUCGUCGAAGGAAUAAAAAGUCAGGCAAAAGUGGGUUGGAGGAAUGUGAGAGGUUUACCAGAGUUGAAGGGGUGAAUGGGUUGAGAGAUGUUGGUGGCAACCUAGGAUCCCAACCAUUAUGGAAGAUUUUUAUUGAAUCCCAGCUAUUGAGCCAAUUAUGUAAGAUUUUUGUGGCUAUUUGGAAUCUCUGGGUGUGCCUAGGGGAGAUGUUUUUCUAUCUAGCGUGCCAACCCUUCAUUUUAGCGUUCACAUUCUCUAGUUGGCUUUUACAACUGGAUGAUUAUGAUGAUGAUGCACUUGCUGCUGCUGAUAAUAAUUAUACACCUGCUGCUGCUGUUGCUGAUAAUACACUGGCAGAUCAUAAACUGAAUCUUGUUGCUGAUAAUACACCUGCGGCAGCUGGUGAUAAUAUGCCUGCUGCUGUUGCUGAUAAUACACCGGCAGAUCAUAAACUUAAUCUUGUUGCUGAUAAUACACAUGAUAAUCCUGCUGCAGCUUGUGAUAAUAUGCCUGCUGCUGCAGCUGGUGAUAAUAUGCCUGCUGCCGUUCCUGAUAAUACACCAGCAGAUCAUAAACUUAAUCUUGUUGCUAAUGAUACACCUGCUGCAGCUGGUGAUAAGAUGCCUGCUGCUGUUGAUGAUAAACCUGCUGUUUCUGUUAAAACACUUGUAAAACUUAAACGUGCACUUAAACUUUUUCCUGAUGACACACCGCCAGAUCUUAAACAUAAACUACCUCGGGUUGAUUCUCCACGUCUCAAAAUCGAGCCUCCAAGGCUUUGUUUUCCUGGAAUAAAGGGCAAAAUCGUCGACACCUCAGUCAUAAUUGAAAAUAUAACCAAAUCAUACGUGGCAGUCUCGGCUCAAACUAGAUUUCGAUACUUUUAUCUCGUUAACAAAAGUGGGUGGGUUCUUCCUCCUGGCGGGCGUGCCAUAUUCAGGGUGCAUUACGUAGACUGUUCUAAGGGAAAACUGAAAACUUGUGGCCGAUUCAGAAUAUUGAGCUGGGAGGUAGAAAAAGCCAUGGAAUUUGAUACUGCUUUGCAUGGAAAACGUAAUGCUGCUGUAGACGCUAUAUUAAGAGUCCAGUUUACGUAGGUCGCAAGACCUCUUCUACAGUAAAUUGUGCAGCCGUAAUAGGUUUGAGAUAAAAGAAGCAGUAGAUGAAGGUGGAAGCUCUGACUAAAGAGGCUGUAGACAGAAUAGGAUUUCUAACAAGAUGUUAUAUAUGUUUCUUUGCAUUGUCUAAUUAGUAACUAAUCCCCAAUAUGGGAAAUAUAUUUCUGUCUCCUUUUGAUAUAUUUUGUAUAUUUUAGGGAUGUUUUCACCACUGAUAUGAAUUUUUUUUAUUUUUUUAUUAGAGACAAUUAUGCCUCCAACCACAUUCAGUUUU